AUGUCGAAGAGUGGUCAACGCCUUCAAGAUGAGGGCUCCCGACUACAAGUCGUCAUAGCAGGCGCAACAGCAGGCCUGAUCUCACGAUUCGUGAUUGCGCCCCUUGAUGUCGUCAAGAUUCGUCUGCAACUCCAAUCGCACUCCCUCUCAGAUCCCACGAGCGGCGCCCCAGUCUACAAAGGCGCAUUGUCCACCGCCCGGCAUAUCCUACAGAAUGAAGGCAUCACAGGACUUUGGAAGGGCAACGUCCCCGCUGAGCUCAUGUAUGUGAGCUAUGCUGCAUUACAGUUCACUACGUAUCGGAGCAUCAGUAUGGCCCUGAGCAGCAUUUCCGGCGAGAAGGGCCUGAACAAGAGCGUGGAGAGUUUCAUAGCUGGAGCUGGCGCAGGAGCGACAGCGACCACGGCUACGUACCCGCUGGACCUCCUGCGCACCAGAUUCGCAGCGCAAGGCACCGAGAGGGUAUAUACUUCUCUGUUCAGGGCUGUGCGGGACAUCAGACGCGAUGAAGGGACCAGAGGGUUUUUCCGCGGACUGGGGCCCGGGCUUGCGCAGAUCGUGCCGUUCAUGGGGCUCUUCUUUGCUAUCUACGAGUCGCUCCGUCUUCCAUUGUCUCAGUUCAACCUCCCGUUCGGAGGUGGUGAUGCCACCGCAGGCGUGAUUGCUAGUGUCGUUGCGAAAACCGGCGUCUUCCCGCUGGAUCUUGUUCGGAAAAGGAUACAGGUCCAGGGACCAACAAGGGCAAAGUAUGUGCAUAAGAACAUACCAGUGUAUGAUAUGGGUACGGUAAAGGCAAUCAAGACCAUUGUUGCUAGAGAAGGCUUCAGGGGCUUGUAUAGAGGCUUGACGGUCAGCCUGUUGAAGGCAGCACCAGCGAGUGCGGUUACGGUUUGGACAUAUGAGCGGGUAUUGAACAUCCUGAUUGGGAAAACAGUCGGCGGAGGGGAUAAACAGAAUGCAUAG